UGAAUUGAAUUCGAGUUAAAUAUAAAAUCAAAUUAGAUUCAUAGCUAGCAAAAACUUACUUGGACCCGAUCUAUUGCUAACCUAAUUCUAACAAAAUUGCCUUCGGUUAUCAUUUACGGGUAGGUGGUCUGAAGACAUUUUCCUUUUCUAAACUUUUCCAACGCAAUUUCAAUGGCGAUCCCUUCCGAUAUCGCCUAACUCUACCUCCCUUCCUUCACAUGGCCAAGCCCAAGUUUCGCACCGCCGUCGAGCCCUUGGCUCACUUCGACCUCCCAACUCACCACCUUUCCAUCUGCUCUGUCUCUCUUUCCCAAUCCACUGUCUACCUUGGCACCCAAAACGGCUCCCUCCUUUUACUCUCCCUAAACCCUAACCCUAAUCAUAACCCAAUCGCAAGCCCACCUUCAAUUGAAUCCGUUUCUUUCUCUUCCCUUUCCCGAAACGUUUCCCUCCUACGCACUGUUUCCCUUUCUGACUCUCCCGUGGAAUCAAUAUCCGUUCUCGCCGAGAUCGGUGUCGUUUUAGUAUUAUCUGAUGGGUUCUUGCUUUUAACGGAUUCGCUCUUGAUUCAACCAGUCAAAAAAUUAAAUGGUUUAAAAGGAGUCACAGUAAUUGCUCGGAGAUUCCGAGGAACCCAUUCUACAAGCGCCGACUUAGUCGAUAGUUCAUCGAAUUCGUCAAAAGGGCAACGAAUUUUGGAUAAAUUUGGAGGAGUUAGGGCAAAUGGAGUGAAAACAAGGGAGUUAGAGCAGAACCGAGGACGUAAUUACGUUUUUGCCCUUGUUAUUGGUAAGAAACUGAUGUUAGUAGAGCUUAUUUUAGACGGUACUUUUUUAAAUGAUUCGUUUGUGAUCCUAAGAGAAAUGCAAUGUUUUGAUGGAGUGAAGUCUAUGGUCUGGCUUGAUGAUUCAAUAAUUGUCGGUAAUAUUAAUGGGUAUAGUUUAUUUUCGUGUGUUACCGGGCAAAGUGGCGUGAUUUUUUCAUUACCCGAUUUAUCUAGGCCACCGUUGUUGAAGCUUUUGUGGAGAGAGUGGAAGGUUUUGUUGUUAGUGGACAAUGUAGGGGUGAUUGUUGAUGCACAUGGGCAGCCAGUUGGUGGGAGUUUGGUGUUUCGUAGGGGUGGUCCAGAUUCAGUUGGGGAGUUGUCCUCCUUUGCAGUGGUUGUGAGGGAUGGGAAGAUGGAGCUGUAUCAUAAGAAAUCAGGUAAUUGCAUUCAAACAGUUACUUUUGGUGUUGAAGGAACCGGCCAGUGUAUUGUUGCGGAUGAGGAAAAUAGGAGUGGGGAAGUUGUUGCUGUUGCUACUCCCACAAAGGUCAUUUGCUAUCGAAAAGUGCCUUCAGAAGAACAAAUAAAAGAUUUGUUGAGAAAAAAGAAUUUCAAGGAAGCCAUCUCCUUGGUGGAGGAACUUGCAUGUGAAGGUGAAAUGUCUAAGGAAAUGCUUUCCUUGUUUCCUGCCCAAGUGGGUUUCCUUUUGCUCUUUGACUUGCACUUUGAGGAAGCAGUGGAUCAAUUUUUGCAAUCAGAAACAAUGCAGCCUUCUGAAGUAUUUCCAUUUAUAAUGCGAGACCCAAAUCGCUGGUCACUCCUGGUUCCUCGAAACCGGUAUUGGGGUUUACAUCCUCCUCCUGUACCCCUCGAAGAUGUUGUGGAUGAUGGGUUGUUGGCUAUUCAAAGGGCAAUUUUCCUCAGAAAAGCAGGUGUAGAAACUGUGGUUGAUGAACAUUUUUUAUCUAAUCCACCGACCAGGUCUGAAUUGCUGGAGUCUGCAAUUAAGAACAUUAUCAGGUAUCUAGAGGUUUCUCAUCAGAAAGAUUUGACUUUGUCAGUGAAGGAGGGGGUUGAUACACUUUUAAUGUACCUAUAUAGAGCCCUAAAUUAUGUUGAUGAUAUGGAGAAGCUGGCAUCUUCUGAAAAUUGUUGUAUUGUGGAAGAGUUAGAAACUUUAUUGGAUGGCUCUGGGCAUUUGCGGACACUUGCCUUCCUAUAUGCUAGUAAAGGGAUGAGCUCAAAGGCUCUUGCUAUUUGGCACAUCUUGGCAAGAAAUUAUUCCUCUGGUCUCUGGAAAGACCCUGCUGUGGAAAAUGGUGUACAUGAUGGCAGUGCGUGUGUAACAUCUGGCAGGGAGACUGCUGUGACUGAGGCAUCAAAGAUUCUGGAGGAUUCAUCUGAUCAGGGGUUGAUUUUGCAGCAUCUUUCAUGGAUUGCAGACAUAAACCCAGUACUUGCAGUUCAAGUUUUGACAUCAGAAAAAAGAACAAAUCAGCUUUCACCUGAUGAUGUGAUUGCAGCAAUUGAUCCAAAAAAGGUUGAGAUUCUCCAAAGGUAUCUCCAGUGGUUAAUUGAGGAUCAAGAUUCUGAUGACGCUCGGUUCCAUACAUUCUAUGCUCUUUCUCUUGCCAAGUCAGCUAUUGAAACCUUUGAUUCAGAAAGCACCCAGAGCCCUGAUGCUGGAAGGCAAGAGCAAGUGAAAAGCACUGAUAUCCGGAAUGAUUCGAUAUUUCGAAGUCCUGUGCGGGAGCGACUGCAGAUAUUUUUACAGUCUUCAGAUUUGUAUGAUCCAGAAGAGGUCCUUUAUUUGAUGGAAAGAUCAGAGUUAUGGUUUGAAAAGGUUAUUUUAUACAGAAAAUUGGGACAAGAGUCAUUGGUGCUCCAAAUCUUGGCGCUGAAACUGGAGGAUAGCGAAGCGGCAGAACAGUAUUGUGCUGAGAUUGGCCAACCAGAUGCUUACAUGCAGUUACUUGAUAUGUAUUUGGAUCCACGAGAUGGUAAAGAGCCUAUGUUUAAGGCUGCUGUUCGCCUUCUCCAUAAUCAUGGAGAGUCACUGGACCCUUUGCAAGUGUUAGAGACACUGUCCCCUGACAUGCCUCUUCAGCUUGCAUCGGAUACAAUAUUGAGAAUGUUGAGGGCUCGGCUUCAUCAUCACCGUCAAGGACAAAUUGUGCAGUAUCUAUCCCGUGCUGUACACAUAGAUGCAAAGCUUGCAAGAUUGGAAGAGAGAUCGCGGCUUGCGCAGAUUAAUGAUGAGAGCCUUUGUGAUUCUUGUCAUGCCCGCCUUGGAACCAAGCUUUUUGCCAUGUAUCCAGAUGAUACGGUUGUUUGUUACAAGUGUUUCCGUCGUCAAGGUGAGACAACUUCCAUCACCGGCCGUGAUUUUAAGCAAGAUGUCGUGUUCAAACCUGGUUGGCUGGUUAGCCGCUAAGCCACAGGAAGAUAUUGUUU